GAAUUAGAGACUGGCAUCUUUUGGAAGAAUUCCUCUGCUGUCUCAAUCUCGAUGCCGAUUUAACCGUGUUAACGCAGGCCUCUGUGGAUCCUGUGAGCUCCUCUACUCCUGUCCACGCAAGCCAGCCCUCCGCAACACCUCUGAAGCUGAGCUCUCGUUUGAGGAGACAGGACGUCGGCUUGAAAAGCCACCUGGAUCAGCUGGACCAGCGGAUAAGUGAGCUGAAAUUGGACGUCAGUAAGACCUCCAGCGAGUACCUGGAUAGUGACAGCCGGCCCAGCUCAGGCUUCUAUGACCUGAGCGACGGUGGUUCUUGCUCACUCUCCAAUUCUUGUACCUCUGUGUACAGCGAGUCCAUCUCCUCCUCCCACGCCAGUCUCUUGCCCGGCUCUCAACACCCCAAAGCAAGGCUCAGUGUGUUUGAUUACCGACCCAAGUCCGCGGAUGAAACGACUGUGCACACCACCAGCUUCCAGCAGCAGGGGACCUAUGGCAGCGACGGAUGUCGGAUUACAGCUGGCGCAGACAUUGCUGGGACUCCUGCCAGGUCCCGGCCGAGGCCAGUUUCCACAGGUGACUUGGAAAGACUCAUUCCAGCAGAUGGUAGAUUUCAGAAAGAGACAGAUCCCAAAUCCAUGUUGCCUCUGUGCCAUGCCGGAGACAUGCACUUGCUCAGCGUGGACCCCAAAUUCCAAAACGACUUGGUCUCCAGGAAUGGCGUUGAUGUGUAUCCUUACCCGAGCCCCCUGCACGCGGUGGCUUUACAAAGUCCCCUUUUCUCGCUGGUGGGGACAUCCCCAGAAGCAGACCUCCCGCCUCCUCCCAGCAAACACACACACAGUGCCACGGGUCCCGGCGUGAUCCGGACUAGGCCAGCCACCGAGGCCAAGCCGGGGGGUUACAUCGAUAAAUUACUGCAGCUGACGAGAUGCAAGGGGAGCAGUCGGGCUGAUGCCGGUGAGUGGCUUUCAACAAAGAGCCAGCCAGCCACGGUGCACCAGAGACUCGUUAUAACCCCCAGCGCUGGUGGAGUGAAAAUUAACAGCAGUGGUAGCCAGCUGGAAAAACAAGGGAGUUUUCCAGAAAGUAACAAAGCUGAAGGGAAGCUGCAGAGAGAGGUGCCGGAGGGGGAAUGUGCCAAGCAGCAGGAGACGGUGCACGGUGUGAAUGAAGAACAGCCGUGCGCCCGGCCCGACCCUGGGCCGUCAGCUGUGAAUAGCUGUUACCCUGCCAAGUCAGCAGCACGGGGAUCUCCUCUGGCAGAAGCCACGGAGAGCAGCGUGGAGCGCGGUUCGUCCUGCUUGCAGCUGUGCCAGGACAACUCCAGCCCGGGCACCUGGGACGCUGAAGCCACCCCACCCAGAAAGCCGCUCCUCAAGAGGUGCAGCAACGCCAAGCUGGCUGCUACCGGGGGUCACGAGCGAGCGGCACGGGGCGAGUUCGUCCAUGCUCGGUUCGUCCCUGCAGAAUCCCACCAAGUCGGGGUCAAGUUUGCCAGCUCCAAAAUGAAGGCGGUGAAGAUAAAGAGGAGGAACAGUGAAAAGGUGCUACGGCCUGGGAGACAAGCCUUUUGCGUGGAGAAGGCCAGUGGGUUCCACGUGCCCGCCGAGUGGAAUCAGCCCCAGAGACCACAUGGAGCAAAGAGCCUCAUGCGGAGACCUUCGUAUUCUGGGGAUGUGAGCGGCAGGUCGUGCUCGGAGUCCAGCCUGUUCCCGGUGCAGGUCAGGCUCCCCGCUGUGCCAUCCGGGCCAGAGCUCUACAGAGCCUCUGCCAACGCGCCAUAUUCCCUGGAAGCGGCUUGCGGAGAAGCAGCCGGCAAGAAGAAGCAGCGCAAGUGGCAGUCGAGGGCGCGCUCCAGGGCCCAGCGCCACGGAGCUGAUGCCAAGAGCGAGUCUGACCACUCCGAGUACUCUGCUGAGUGCGCUUCCCUCUUCCACUCCACCAUCGCGGAGACCAGCGAAGGGGAGGUCAGUGACUUCACGACUAACCGCUUCGGGGACAGCGAGUCCAGCGGAAGCGACUCGGAUGGCAGCAGCAACAGCAGCAGCCUUCUGGGUAACUGCCAGCCUUCUUGGCGUUGGCAGAAUCUGAGCUUUGCGAGUCCACCUCCGGUACCACCCAAACCACGGAGCAGUCAGAGAACCGAUGUUUCGCUGGACACACCGUCCUUCAGACCAGACCUUCGUUUGCAGUGA